AUGGAGUAUCUGAUGCAGUUGGAAAACCCGGAAUAUGUCAGGCGAUUCCAGGUAAAGUGCGGUGUCUUGAUUAGAGAGAGGUACUCCGGGUCUAAACACCCUACCAACGGGGAGAUAGCCAACAAAACAACCUACCACCAACACAAUAACGCCCGUCAACGACCCGGCGAAAACUGUAAACACAAGUAUGAAAACAACAACAACAACAACAACAAUAGGGACAUAGUGAAUACGAGUAACGGCAAUGGUUUUGGAGAAUGUGUACAUGUACAUUCCUACGCCGACGACAACACUACGGAUGUUGGCGAUAACAGCGACGUGCACGUGGAUUACGAAAUCCAAUACAAGUCGCUGUACUAUCUGGCGCAAGUGGGCGCGUUUCUUGGAGACGAAGUGUUCUACUUCUUGUUCUACUCGUACUUCGCGUGGAAUCUCGACGCCGUGGUCACCAGACACAUCAUCAUGGUGUGGUGCACGGUCAUGUAUCUAGGUCAGCGCACUAAGGAUUACCUGCAGUGGCCCCGCCCCCCGUCCCCACCCGUGGUUCGCCUGGAGAUGUGUCACUUGUACGAGUCCGCGAUGCCGUCCACGCACGCCAUGGCGGGAACCGCGAUGCCGAUCGUCCUGGCAACAGGAAUAUGUUCUAGAUACGAGGUACAUCUUAAAAGCGUAAAAAGGCAGAAAGCAAAUCAUAAAGAAAGACCCCCAGAAUAUUACUGA